AUGCUCUCAAAACCCCACUCUCCCGCAUCUCUUAAGAUCUCUCAUAUUAACUUCUAGCAUUAUAAAAUGCUAAUAACAUCAUAUAUCAAAUAAAAAUAAUUUUUGCUACUUUUUAUUACAUAUAAUUAAUAAGAUCAAGACCAUUGUUAUUUCUUAUGUUUCCUAUUUUUGAGCUUAUCAAGUUUCAAAGAUGAUUUUGGAUAUUUGACAGAAAUCAAAAUGAUGUUGUAAAUGAAGUUUUUGCACAAGCAUCAGUUUCAGACUAUGUAGAUUCCUUAGUAAAUAUUUUUAUUUAAUGGCGCCAUAGUCAAACAUGAUUAAUAAUCUUACCAAUUCCAUAGAAAGUUGAUAAUUCUAUCUAAGAAAAAUACUUCUAAGGCAGUAAUGCUAUCAUCAUCCUGUAUGGUGCAUCUAAGCUCGAAAUACCUCUGAAUCAUCUAAAUUUGUUAAGGCUGAAGCUUAUAUGCUCAUGAGAGAAUUAUUAAA